UAUACACAUAUAUAUAUAUACACACGCGCGCGCACGUCUGAAAGAAUUCAUUAAGCUUUCGUUAAAAAAAAGCAUGUUAAUAAUAUCAAAAUCAUUGUUACUCCAAUCUAAUAUCCUAAAUAGUAACGAUAUGUCGUGAGAUAAGUAAUUCAUUUGAUUGGACUGACACGGCUAUAAUGACAAUGGCGUACGUAUCGAAUGGAGUAUGUCCUAUCGAGAAGUGAUAUCGGUGAAUCAAGUGCUUUGAUACAAUAAAGUGUCGUUGAUACGCAUGUAAUUCUAAAUAAUAACAAAUACUUUAGUUUUAUUUGAACAAAAGAAAGACGUACUUUUUAUUUAUUAAGCAUAAUCAUAUGAUGUUAUCGCAGUACUGUUCGCGGCAUCGUUUGUUAAUGCAGAGCAUUUCAAGAAUUACAUAAAAGUAUUGAUAUUUAUGAAGAUAAAGUGUAAUUGAAAAAGAAAACAAUCAAAUAUGGCCAGUCUUGUUUCUUCAAAUAUUGAAUUUUAUCAAUUAUCUAUAGGUGUGAAUCAUUGCAGUAUUGUGCCAAGUCGAUCAUUUCAUUAAAAAGAAUUUCUUUAAUAAAUAUUUCACCCUAGGAGUCUCCUCCCAUGGGAUAGCUGAAUUUAAUUUCGAUAUCUCAAGGAUUAAAGAUGAUCGGCCGACGUUGUGCCCUACUUGCCCUAGGCGCCCUUUUGAUUCUUGUGAUUACUGCAAACAUUUAUUUUAUUCGCAUAAUCGUAGAGAAUUCUUCACAAAAGUCGCAAUUCAAAAAUUUACCUUUGAUCGAGGAAAAUUAUCUUCUAGGGCAUUCUGCGUCGUCUUUGCGCAGAAAUGAGAAUGGCAGAAAUUUUCAAAAAUCCGUCGGUCAAGGUAUCAACGAAAGAAUUAAAGAGGAGAUAGAAAUAUUACCUUCAAAGUAUUUUAAACAGAAUACGAGUUAUUUGAUCGUACUCGAACGGCUAUUGUCCGAAUUGAAGGUUAUGAACAAUGCGCACGAGGAUAUAUGGAGUAUCCCUAAUAACAAUUGGCCUGAUGCUCACCAGUUAAUUCCGCCAUCGGCUCCAGAAUUAGGGACUAUACUCGAUGCUUUAAGGAAAGCAAAGGUAAAACAUGCCGACAAUGCUGUCCUUGGUACACAAUUGAAACUUAUGCUGACAUUGGAGAAUGGUGCAAAAGCUGUAUUUAAACCGCAAUGGUACUCUAGAGAUACAGUUAUUCGUGGACCGGUUUAUUAUGGAAAAGAUCGUCAUAAUGCAGAAAUCGUAGCAUUUCAUUUAUCUUCGUUACUUGCUUUACGAAGGGUACCCCUGGCCGUUAUUCGAAAACUUGAUCUUAACAAUGAGAUUCGCAAGCAUGCAACACCGGAAUUAUAUACUACUAUGUAUCAGGAGGGUAAUGAUACGUGCUUGUAUGGUGUUUGUCAUUACUGUUCUUCCACCGAUCCAGUUUGUGGGAUAGGUGAUGUCUUAGAAGGUGCAUUGAUAUUUUGGUUACCACGUUACUUGCAUCUCGUAAAACAUCGACAUCCAUGGCAGAGAACGUAUAAGAAAAAAAAGCUUGCACCUUGGGAGAUCGAUGAUAAUUAUUGCGAGAAGGUCAAAGAAUCUAAAGCAUAUUCACCACAAUUUUCAAGUAGGCUAUUGGAUUUGAUAGAUACAGCAGUUUUUGACUUUUUAAUGGAUAAUGGUGAUCGGCAUCAUUAUGAAUUGGCGCAAAACAAUUUUCACAAUCCUGCUGUAUUAUUGAUAGACAAUGGGAAGAGUCUUGGUAAUCCGGACGUUGAUCAUCUUGACAUUUUAGCACCGCUUUAUCAGUGUUGCAUAAUACAUAAAACUACAUGGGAUCGUUUAAAGAUGUUCACUGGUGGUACUCUGAGUUUGUCAUUGGAAAAGCUUAUUGCUCGUGAGACGAUAAUGGCCGAUGUUCUUCCGCUUAUUUCAGAUGCACAUCUUAGUGCUAUGGAUAGAAGGCUUCUUACCAUUUAUGCUGUCGUUGAAUACUGUGUAAAGAAUAAGAGAUAUGUUUCUAAUGUAAUUCUAGAUCAUCGGUAGUAUGAACUAAGAAAUAACAUGUUUUAUAGAUUAAUUAUCUGAUUAAUUACUUAUGAUAUUAGAGUUUGAUUUGAAAUAGUAGAAGAAUCUUGCAGCAGCUAUGUAUAAUAAAUUUGAUAGUUAUGCGCGCGCACAUACACACACACACACACACACACACACACACACACGUAUGUAUGGUGCAUUGUUUUGUAUGUUGUAUUUUACGCAAGAUAUUUUAAUCGACGAAGAAACAAUUGUUUUGAAUGAUGUGUAAAAUGAUUUAAUGCUAGAAGAUUAGAGUUUAAUGUGGUUUAUUUUAUGUCACAAUAAUUACCAUUAUUUGGAUAAAUUUUGAAUGUAGCGCCGUACAGCGUAUAAAUACGGUACAAACGUAAAAAACCUGUUAAUACGAUUGUAUAAUCGUUAACAUACUUUAAAGUUCGUGUCACAGAUUGGGAUCUGAGAAUAUUCUCAGUUCGAUAACAUGUACAAUAUGUAUAGCGAAUGUAACUCGUGGUACUUGUCGGGAUUUGCAGUAAAGAGAAACUUGUGGGAGCGAAACAAGCUACAAGUCAGCGUAAUGUUGCAGCAUUUGACUACCUUACUUUCAGUUACCACAAGACUUUCCUCGUAAGCUUAUGAUACCAAACUUUGAGUCAAGUUUCCACAUUAGCUCCUUCCCUCGCAACGUCGUCGCACAAUAUAACCCUUAUAUACUUUAUUUACAACAUUACAUGACCAGAAUUACUCACAUAUCUUAUCGAAUAAUUAUUCAGUUUUUGUUCAUAAUACAUGUUUAGCGCCAUCAUUCGCGUAUGCAUCGUGUAUAUGUAUAUGUCAGGCGCAUGCGUGUAUGUGUACGUGUACGUAUGCGUAUACCCGAGACGUACGUGUGUAUAUUAUAUAUAGUAACAUUUUUUUGUUUUUUUUUUUUAUAAUUAAAUAGAGCUUUCGUAGCAAAGUAUGUAUAAAUAGACUAUCCUCGCGCGCACGAUUAUCUCGAAUUGCUUCGCGUUCUCGAGUGCGAAACAAAUACAUAUAUGCUGCAUCGAACCAUCCGUCCAUGAGAUCCGUCUAAGAAAACAUAGAUUAUAGAUUACCUGAAAAUAGUGGACGAGUGGAAUAGCCAGACUCUGCCAUUCCUACAUCUUCGCUUAGUCCAUAUUUCUACGUUCUAUGAUAAUACUGUAUACCAGCAAAACUUUUGAGUAUAUCACUUUUUUUCUUUAUAGGCUUUACUUGCACGACUCUCACGUAUAACAAAUCGAUCAUAGAAAUGCAUUCGUUCAAAAGAAAUUCGUACUUCGGUAACGGCAGCAUUGAUUAUUGCAUGGAGACGGUACGAUUUAUUUCCGUACGAUUCAUCUCUAUUCGAGACAGAGAGAGAGAGAGAGAGAGAGAGAGAGAGAGAGAGAGAGAGAGAGAGAGACAGAGAGAGA